AUUUUUCUUUCUUUCUUCUAUUUAAUAUAUGGCCUAUAGUCUUCUUAUAUAAUAAACAAAUUUUAUGUCUACUAUUAUGAAUUGUAAAAUAGAAAAAAAGAAUAUGAAGGAUAAUGAUGAUGAUGACGACGAUAAUAUGUUACUAGCAGAUAUCAUGUCUUUGAAAAUUACAAAGCAAGAUGAAAAGAAAUUGAUUACAAUGGAAAAUGAUAUAUGGUAUGAUUGGACACUACAACAGCAACAAAAUGAGUACUAUUAUUAUUACUACCAGCAACAGUUGCAAGCAAAUUAUUACCACCAUCUUCAAUUACAACAACAACAGCAACAGCAACAGCAAAUGAUGACGAUGAUGAUGCGUCACAGUAUAAGCAGCAACAGUGAUAAUACUAGCAAAAGGUCAUCUACUAUCUCAUCCUCUACUAAUAGUAGUAUCACAACAAAUAAUAGUAACAGAUAUCGUUCUUCUUACCAUCACUCAUCUUCUUCCUCAGCAUCCUCCUUACCCUUAACUCCCUCUGCUUCAUCAAAGUCAUCUAAUAAAACCCUAGAAUCAAGGAAAGCAAACAUCGCGGCUACUUCAACAGCAACUACAAAGACAAGAAUAAAUAGAACCAAUCAUGAUACUACUACUACUACUUCUAAACAAACUAAUUUAGCAUAUGAGGCACCUAAACGAAGGCAAUCAUUAGGUAAAAAAAUUAAACAAGUACUUGGCAUCAUUUCAGAAAGUCACCACAAUAAUGAAGGUGCUCUCACUUCUACUACUGCUACUACUACUACUACUACUACUACUGAGAAAAAAGCUGGUAAUGAAUUACCAAAGUAUUCUUCGGACUCGUUACUAAGAAUUAAAAAAGUUAAUUUACCGAGUAAUAAAAUAAUACCUGAUUCACCUAUUUCAACGAUAUCGUCAAAACGAUAUAAUCGUCAUCGUCAUCGUCAUAGUCAUUCUUAUUCUAUUGAUCAACAUCAUUUAUACUCUCUACCAGCCUAUUCUAUCACUUCUUCCUCUUCUUCCUCUUUUGCAACAAAUGAUACCAUUUCUACUAUUUCGAGUAAAAAAUCUCUAUCAUUUAAUCCUGUCGUUAAAUUACACGAAACAUUUUCUGCGUCAGAAUAUGACCGACGAUGUGAUACAAAUGCUACAUGUCAAAAACUGACACCUGAUUUAGCCUUAAAGAUCAAAGAGGAACUAAAUGAAUACAAAUUGAAGGAUAUGCUUGUUCACAUGGAUAGUCGCCAAUAUACUCAGUUCUUUAUGUAAUAUGUUCUUUUUUCUUUUCUUUUCUUUCUUUCUUUUUAUAUAUAUAUAUAUAUAUAUACAAUAUUAUAUGCUUUCAUUUUGUUUAUGUAUAUGUAUACAAAUAUAUAUUUAUUAAACUCUGAAAGGCAAAUAUACG